UUUGUGGAGAAAGGUCAGGAAAGGAGAGGGGGCGGGAAUGUGGAAACCGAGGGACAAGGGGAGAGCUGGGGGCCAGUUUCCCCUUGUGGGGUAUUUGGCGUGCAACACGCCCCUCCUCAGACCCAGUGCUUGUUUCCUUUGGAAGCCCUGGAUACCCCGUAAGAUCACUUGGAGAUCCCCUCCUUCGUUUACCCUGCAUUGUCUCCUGAGUCGGUUCCCGAUUCUGGUCCCCGGCCCCCAGCAGCGCCUGCCCCCUUCCCACCGGGGCCCCCCAUGAUGCCACCACCCUUCAUGCCCCCUCCAGGAAUCCCCCCGCCCUUUCCUCCGAUGGGACUACCCCCCAUGAGUCAGAGACCACCGGCCAUCCCCCCGAUGCCACCUGGCAUCAUGCCCCCAAUGCUGCCACCAAUGGGGGCGCCACCACCACUCACGCAGAUACCGGGAAUGGUACCACCCAUGCUGCCAGGGAUGUUAAUGCCAGCAGUGCCUGUCACCGCCGCGACGGCUCCGGGUGCGGACACAGCCAGCUCUGCUGUGGCUGGGACAGGCCCUCCGAGGGCCCUGUGGAGUGAGCAUGUGGCCCCUGAUGGGCGCAUCUACUACUACAAUGCUGAUGACAAGCAAUCCGUGUGGGAGAAGCCCAGCGUGCUCAAGUCCAAGGCAGAGUUGCUGCUGUCCCAGUGUCCCUGGAAAGAGUACAAGUCAGACACGGGCAAACCUUACUACUAUAACAACCAGAGUAAGGAGUCUCGCUGGACCCGGCCCAAGGACCUGGAUGACCUGGAGGCUCUAGUCAAACAAGAGGCUGCAGGGAAGCAGCCCCAGCCUCAGAUACUGCAGCCGCAGCCACCUCAGCCCCAGCCUGAGCCCCCGCCCGGGCCGCCUGGCCCCACCCCCAUGCCCCUGGGCCUUCUAGAGCCUGAGCCAGGUGGGAGUGAAGAUUGUGAUACGUCCGAGGCUGCCCAGCCUGUGGAGCAGGGCUUUCUGCAGCAGCCGGAGGAGGGCCCCAGCAGCGCUGCUGCACAGCGUCAGCCACCACAGCAGGAGGAAGAGGAAUCAAAGCCAGAACCAGAGAGGUCUGGCCUCAGUUGGAGCAACCGGGAGAAGGCAAAGCAGGCCUUCAAGGAGCUGCUGAGGGACAAGGCUGUCCCCUCCAAUGCCUCGUGGGAACAGGCCAUGAAGAUGGUGGUCACCGACCCCCGUUACAGUGCCUUACCCAAACUGAGUGAGAAAAAGCAGGCAUUCAAUGCCUACAAGGCGCAGCGGGAGAAGGAGGAGAAGGAAGAGGCCCGGCUAAGGGCCAAGGAGGCCAAGCAGACCUUGCAGCAUUUCCUGGAGCAGCACGAACGCAUGACCUCUACCACCCGCUACCGGCGGGCAGAACAGACAUUUGGGGAGCUGGAGGUGUGGGCUGUGGUCCCUGAGAGGGAUCGAAAAGAGGUUUAUGAUGAUGUCCUCUUCUUCCUGGCCAAGAAGGAGAAGGAACAGGCCAAGCAGCUCCGGCGCCGCAACAUCCAGGCCCUGAAGAGCAUCCUGGAUGGGAUGAGUAGUGUCAACUUCCAAACUACAUGGUCCCAGGCUCAGCAGUACCUCAUGGAUAACCCCAGCUUUGCUCAGGACCACCAGCUGCAGAACAUGGACAAGGAAGAUGCACUGAUCUGCUUCGAGGAGCAUAUCCGAGCUUUGGAGAGGGAGGAGGAGGAGGAGCGGGAGCGGGCCCGCCUGCGGGAGCGGCGUCAGCAACGCAAGAACCGGGAGGCCUUCCAGACCUUCCUGGACGAGCUGCACGAGACAGGGCAGCUGCACUCUAUGUCCACCUGGAUGGAGCUGUACCCAGCAGUCAGCACUGAUGUCCGCUUUGCCAACAUGCUGGGCCAGCCGGGUAAGGCAGCCAGGCUCCCCCUUUUCUGGCCUGGCUUCCUGCCCUGCCAGCCUCUCUGCACCCCCCACUCCCUCGUCCUGUCCUCGACCCCUCCCCCAGGCCUCGGGAAGCUGCCGCCCGCCAGGCCCCCCUCCCUCCCUCCCCCCGCAGGCUCCACCCCUCUGGACUUGUUCAAGUUCUAUGUGGAGGAGUUGAAGGCACGAUUCCAUGAUGAGAAGAAGAUCAUUAAGGACAUCCUUAAGGACCGGGGCUUCUGCGUGGAGGUGAACACAGCCUUUGAGGACUUCGCCCACGUCAUAAGCUUUGACAAGAGGGCGGCUGCGCUGGACGCAGGCAACAUCAAGCUGACCUUCAAUAGUCUGCUGGAGAAGGCAGAGGCGCGGGAGCGAGAGCGGGAGAAGGAGGAGGCGCGAAGGAUGCGGCGCAGGGAAGCUGCCUUCCGAAGCAUGCUGAGGCAGGCCGUGCCUGCCCUGGAGCUGGGCACUGCCUGGGAAGAGGUCCGUGAGCGCUUUGUGUGCGACUCAGCCUUUGAGCAGAUCACCCUGGAGUCGGAGCGGAUCCGGCUCUUCCGGGAGUUCCUGCAGGUACUGGAGACUGAAUGCCAGCACCUCCACACCAAAGGCCGAAAACACGGCAGAAAGGGCAAGAAGCACCACCGAAAGCGUUCCCACUCGCCCUCAGGCUCUGAGUCGGAAGAAGAGGAGCUGCCCCCGCCGCCUCUCCGACCCCCCAAGCGGAGAAGGCGGAACCCCUCAGAGUCAGGCUCUGAGCCCUCUUCCUCCCUUGAUUCGGUUGAAAGUGGGGGUGCUGCCCUUGGAGGACGGGGCUCCCCAUCUUCUCGCCUUCUCCUUGGAUCAGAUCACGGCCUUCGGAAAGCCAAGAAACCAAAAAAGAAAACUAAGAAGAGAAGACACAAGUCGAACAGUCCUGAGAGCGAGACAGAUCCUGAGGAGAAAGCCGGCAAGGAGAGUGAUGAGAAAGAACCAGAACAGGACAAGGACAGGGAGCUCCGGCGGGCAGAACUCCCGAACCGCUCCCCAGGUUUUGGAAUCAAGAAGGAGAAGACGGGCUGGGACACGUCGGAAAGUGAGCUGAGCGAGGGUGAGCUGGAAAGACGGCGGCGGACGCUCCUGCAGCAGCUGGAUGACCACCAGUGACCCGACGAGCCGCUCUGCCUCGGGUCUGUGUGAGGCUGUGGAUCCUAGGUCACCCUCACCAUCUGCACUAGACUCCUUUCUCAGUUGGGUCCGUGUCCACUUUUCCUCAAGUAGCCCCGCCCCCAGCACCCCGCGGCUGCCACCUCCCCAGGUUGCUCGUGGUGUUCGAGGGUCCUCCACUCCCCAGGCAACUAGUGCAGUCCUUGCCCUCAGCCCCAGACCAGAGACCAGGAUGCCACGUGGAGCGGGAGGUGCCAGUAGAGAAAAUGUGAGAAGGGGCCUCUAGGGAGAAUGACAGGUUGGGGACAGGCGGGGUCGUUCCCCUCUAGAACCAGUGCCUGCUCCAGCCUGCCUGGGCCCUCGGGCUCCACCACUCCUUCCUUCAGCCCCGGGACCCAGUGUAUGUGUGUUUUGCUUUGUUUUGUUUUUGUUUUUUAAAUAAUAUUUAUAACAUGG